AGUCUGAUGUGGCCGCAGAGAAACGGAGCGCAGCUUCAUUUCUGCGGAUUUUCUGAUUCUGCUGAACAAACCUGCUGCUGGAUCCAGAUCUAUUCUGAGGAAGGGAGUUCGGACCAGGCCGAACGGAACCGGACUGAGCCGGAUCACAAAAAAUCCGUAAUCCAGAAAGACGGACAGAAAGGCAGACGGGCUGCUUCAUCCCCUGCAGAGCCGGCCGGAGUCAUCCUCCCCGGAUAAUCUGACCCAGGAUCAGUGAUGCUGGCCCGUGUCUCAGCGUGGGAGUGACUGUACUUGGACUCAGACCUGUGAGGACGAUCCAACAUGGCCGCCGCGUGUGGAGCUUCGCCGGCGUUAACCGUGUGUCUGUGCGUCCUUCUGCUGCCUGCUGCCACCGGCUUUCAGCUGGAGGACACCGAGUGUGCCUUCACGGACCACCUGGAGGGGGCGGGGCCUCACAGCGGGCCGACCAAUGAGCUACGAGGACUGGUGCGAGAAAACGGCACUAUUCGCUGCAGCCGUGGGUCCCGCUGCUAUGGAUUGUGGGAAAAGAGACCAGACGGGGAAAUACACCUGGUCAAGCAAGGUUGCUGGACUCACAUUGGCAACCAGCAGGAGUGUCGUGGCGACCGUUGCCUGGUAACAGCAACGCCCUCUCAGAUACAGAAUGGCAGCUACAGAUUCUGCUGCUGCAGCCGAGACCUCUGCAACGCCAACUUCACCGAGGCGCCGCCCACCGCCGACACCCCCGCCCUGAGGGUGAUGAAGACAGAUGGGCGGGACAACAGACAGACAGCUCACCAGCCGAUGCGGCGGGAGGAGACGGCACUCAUUGCCCUGGUAACCGUUGCCAUAGCAGCCAUUGUCAUCACAGCGUUGUUCCUGGGAUACCGAAUGAUGAGAGGGAAGAAGAAGAAACACAGUCUGUCUGCUCUGGAUGUGAUGGAGGCAGCAAACACAGACGCUGCUGUCGACCUGGAUAAUCUGAAACUACUGGAGCUGAUUGGUCGGGGUCGUUACGGUACCGUGUUUCGUGGCUGUCUUAACGAGCGCUGUGUAGCUGUGAAACUCUUCAGCUCGGCCAAUCGGCAGAACUACGCCAACGAGCGCUCCAUCUACUGUCUGCCGCUGCUGCAGCAACACGACAACAUCGCCCGCUUCCUGACCGCCGACGAGAGGACGACAGGCGACGGACGACCGGAGUUCCUGAUCCUCCUGGAGUUCUACCCACAUGGCUGCCUGUCUCGCUACCUGUCUCUCCACACAGUGGACUGGUCUACCUGCUGCAGGAUGACUCACGGUGUCACCAGAGGACUCGCCUUCCUGCACACUGAACUCUACAGAGGAGACCAGUAUAAACCAGCGGUGGCCCACAGAGACGUGACCAGCAGGAACGUUUUGGUCCGAGCCGAUCUGUCCUGCGUCCUCGCCGACUUCGGCCUGUCCAUGAGGCUGACGGGAAGCCGACCCUGUUGCCCCGGAGACGACGAUACCAUGGCCAUAUCUGAGGUGGGGACGGUGCGGUACAUGGCUCCGGAGGUUCUGGGUGGAGCUCUGAACCUCAGGGACUGCGAGGCGGCUCUGAAGCAGGUGGAUGUUUACGCUCUGGGUCUGCUCUACUGGGAGAGCUUCAGGAGGUGCUCACACCUGUUCCCAGGUGAAGCAGUACCAGAGUACCAGCUGGCGUUCCAGGCAGAGCUGGGGAACCAUCCGAGCUUUGAGGAGAUGCAGAUCCUUGUCGCAAGAGAGAAAGUCAGACCCAGAUUCCCCGAGGCCUGGAAGGAGAACAGCCUGGCCUUGCGUUCAUUGAAGGAGACAAUGGAGGACUGCUGGGAUCAGGAUGCUGAAGCUCGACUCACUGCUCAGUGUGCAGAGGAGAGACUGUCAGAACUCACACUGCUGAGUACACACACUGCAGUACACAACCACAGGAAUCUGUCUCACAGCUGCUGGCCUCCACAGGUUGGCUAUUCCUCUUCUUUCAUUGAGGAUCUGCAGGUGGGUGUGGUCAAGAAUCUCCAGGGGGACAGCCACCCAACAUCAGUUGUCAAGAUGACCACGAGUGGAGCUGAAGGUGCUGAAAAGAACAGAAACUCCAUCAACUACGAACGGCAGCAAGCACAGAGUCAGGCUCGGUCUACCAGUUCAAACAGCACUGUGUUGGCCACCACUGGCCAAACACCUGCCUACAUCCUCUGCAGCAUCUCCGAGUCAGAAAACACCGGCGGUGCUGUUCCCAGUAUCCCAGUCUGCCUGCAGCUGACAGAAGAAGACUUGGAAGCCACCAAACUUGACCCCAAAGAGGUUGACAAGAACAUGAUUGAAAGUUCUGAUGAAAACUUGAUGGAACAUUCACAGAAACAGUUUGGUUCAAUAACGCAACAAACUACCAACCUGCUUUACCAUCAGGUACUACAAAAUGCUGAGGUGAGCAAUUCAGUGUUGACUCCUCAGGGUGACCUGGGGGCUGUUGGUGGCAUUGAUACCUCUCCCUCCUCCACUAUUCAUCCUCUUCCUAAACAGCAGAACAUGCUCCAGAGGCCCACCAGCCUCCACCUUCUCCCCAAAACCAAGGAGACCCCCUCAGCUUCUUCUCGACUUAAGCUGGGAAAGCUGAAGUCAAACCAUAGACAGGUGGAAACAGGUGUUGCUAAAAUGAACACGGUAACAGUCGCCACGGCUGUAGAGCCCCACCUGGUUACCACGGUGACUAACAGCAGCAACAGCAUGAGAGGCGGUGCUGCAACUGGGAACCGCGUCCACCAUACAAUGGUGGUUGCCAAUGGCUACAGUGCAGGUGCCCCCACGCUGGUGAUGAACGGAAUCAUAGAAGGUGGUCGAACCAAUCUGGCAGGGCCGCAGCUGGAGGAGGAGGACAAGAUGGAGAGAGUGAUUGUUGGAGGAGAGGACAACUGCAUGAACCUGCUCAACUCCAGCCCUGAUGAGCAUGAACCAUUGCUGAGAAGGGAACAGCCACCCGCUGAGGGCAAUCCCCCUCCUCAUUUGCAUCAUCAUCAUCAGUCACAACCUGGAAACAUCCUGACGGGACGAGGCUCAAACUCUAACAACAACAACAACAGGAUAGCAUUUGGGUCAGAAGUCAAGAUUCAGGGUUCAGAGGUUGAACCUGAAAGAAUGAUUGGCUCAGAGGUCAGUGAGAGAAGGGGCAUCAGUAGUACUAAAUCUGAGCCACACCUGGUGAGUCAGCCGAUCAGUGGAUCCCCUGCUACUGCUCCAGUUUUAAAUAUGGAAUCUAAAAUUCUGCUCCCUGCUCCAGCAGGAACCACGACAUCUGGCCAUACCAAAACACUACAGUCCCCCUGCACUAGCCAAGAUAGAUGUCAAGGCUCUGGUCCAGGUCCAGGUGUCCAGAGAGCCCUUUUUGUUGAAGCAGUAUUGACCACUCAAUCUGCCAGAAGCCCAAAUGCUCACCUGGUCCAUUCCACUGCCUCUGCACUUGUCCCAGAGUACAGAGACCCAGAAAUUGAAGUCCAAAAACCCACAGAGGCUCCAGUACUAGAAGCUCCAGUAGUGAAUCGAAAAGCUUCAACUUUAGAGGUUCCAGCGUCAGAAAAUCCAGCCCCAGAAACUCCAGCUUUGGAUUUUCAAGAUUUAGAAAUCACAGCUCUUCCAGAUGCUUCAGCCCCAGAACCUGCAGGUCCACAAAGUCCAGCCUUAGAUCCACAAACUCCAGGUCUGUUGUGGUCCCAGAUGAGACCAGCAAAAGUCAAGAGGCCUGAGCGUCCUUGUUCCCUGGAUCUGUCUUCAUCCUGCAUCUCCUCAGAUGAUGUUUCUCUGAUAGAGAAUGGUAGUCUGAGUGCUUCAGGAGAGAAAAUAAAACGUCGUGUCAAGACUCCGUACACCCUGAAAAAAUGGCGUCCAGCCUCAUGGGUUGUUUCCACGGAUACAGCUCUCGACCUGGACUUAGAAUUCAACAGCAGUGGUGGUAGCAGUAGCCAGGCCCAUUUCUCUUCUGAUCCUCACGGGGCAGGAAGUACCGGCAUCCCCAAAAUCAAUCAAUCAAAAUCCAGCAUGGCUGUCUUUUUGGUUGGUGGUGGAGCCACAGCGACCACAACCUCCGAGCCUGAUGGACUGACCUGCUUCUAAAGUUGUUGCUUAAUGAAAGUUUUCUUUUCUUAAGGCAGAUUAAUUUUUCACUUCUUUGUCUUCCCUCUCUUUUGUUGUGGAAAAUGGAGAUUCCUGUCUGCUGCAUCAGCCUCCCCAGCACUGAACUGACAUUAACGCGAAAUCAGAGGCACAGGAAAUGACCCACAAUGAAGAGUUUUUGGCCAGAAGUCACAGCACAUGAAAUCAAACAAACGACAGGAACCGUUUAGGAAAUGUCAGAACAAAAAGAUGGGGUUUGGAUUUCUUGAUGUAUCUGAACUUUCUUGACUCAGCUGGACUCGAUUCUUGCCGAUGGGCCCUGUGACAGUGUGACACUGGACUCAGCUUUUACCAUGCCUGUGUACUGCAAAUGCCCAUAAUGUCCAAAAUGUACUUGUUGUAAGUGGUAAACUUCUGGAUGAGUGUGACGAGCCUUAUGGUUGUGGGUGUGGUCAGCUCAUAUUGGGGGUGUCCUUAAACUGGCCAGGAGCUGAAAAGUCUCUGCUUGGUGAUUUAGUGAAGGAAGAUUUCCGGUAGACUUUGGUCCACAUUGCGCCUGUGGCCAGUAGAUGUGGCCAGUGACUAGCGGUUGUGAUGUUGACCAUAUCUGAGGACUGAAAUUACCCAAGGCCUUCAGAAUCCAACACUUUGUCCCUGUUACAACGAGUGUUGUGGAUAGUGGACAUGGUCAGUUGCUUGUGAAUAUGGCCUUGAUCCUUCCCGAGGACUGAAAUUUACCAAGCCUUCAAAAUCUCUUUAGUAGUGAAAUUAAGGAAGAUCUUUUCUGGUAGAUAUUUGGGCUCCUGCUAUGACCCAGCUUGUGGCUAGCAGAAGCGUCCAGUGGCUAGUCGUAUGACCGGAGAGGGUUCAGUCAAGUUAGUAGUCAUAUUUUUUCAGCACUUUAAACAAAGUCAGUGUUAUUCAGAGAACUAGCAAAUCAUAUAAAGGAGACCUCGUGCAAUUACAAAAGUAACAGUGACGCUAUCCUCGUCAAUUCUUCUUUGUGUUGUGUUUCUUGUGUCUGACAGUAUUUUGUAUGAUUUGUAGAAGUGUUUUUGCUUUGAACCUUUAUCCUAGCUAUGCAGUCAGCUUAUGAUGCCUCCUCCUGUUGAAAGUGUGUUUGGCUCAGAUUUAUCAACGGAUUAACAUAAGCAUUGUUGUUGGAGGAUCUGUAUUCUUCUAAUUUGCACUUUCUUCUAUGAAGUAGUCUCAACUUCCUCGUGAGGUCUGCCGUGAGGGCUAUGUUAGAGCUGAGAGGAUGGAGGAAGUGGAAAAGAAAAGGAACAUUUGGAGAGAGAAGAAGUGGCUGGUUCAUCAAACCUUCAGCCUUGUGACCUGUGUAACUUCGGCCACGAACAGCCUACUCAGGUACCUUCAUAACACGAAUCUAAAAUGGGGCACUCACAUUUUCUUGUCAUUUAAAGAUGAGCAGAAGAUCAAGACAGAUGAGAGGAAGACCUGCCUCAACUGUAAGAAGAAAGAAGGUGAAGGACAGAUUUGAUCUGGUGGACAACAUAGGCCUUUGAACAACUCCAAAACUGUCUUAUUUACAUGUUGUAUUGUGUUAGUCACCAGUCCACUCAGAGUCAGCGGGAUUUUGAUCGUAGCUUUAGGACAGAGCUUCAAACUAAAUGCUGGUCUGACGGUCUGAUAACUGUUACGUUAGAAAGUAACUGAAAUUGUGAAUUAAAGAUGCUGUGCUUUGGACUUUUCUGUAAACCUGCAGAUACCUUUUCCUAAUAAUGCAGCCCUCCAAAGCAGCAGUUCUUGCUUGUUGCCACUUGGGGGUGCCAACAUGCACAGCUGGUCUAGUAAAUUCAGUUUAGAGAUGAUCCGCAGCACUUUGUUUUAGUAGAAUCACAGUAUAAGCUGGUCCAACCUUGUUCCCUUUACUUUGUACUUUACGUUUAAAAUAAAAGUAAGCAAGUGAUGGUCAGUGUAUCAGAGAUGCUAUUUGAAAAACGGAUCCAUAUAGUUUAGAUUUUAUUAUUUACAAGGUUUGUGCACUGAGUAGUAGUGGCUGUAGUGGAAAAUGAUUUCAUUGUCAGAUUUUCUGAGUCGAGUUUGUGGUGACAGUUUUUAAACAAGGACCAGAAUAAAGACAUUUUUUCCAUGUUAGUCUUUUAGAUAAUUUGUGUGACACACGAGUACAGUGUGUAUUAGCAGCUCCUUUAAGUUACUAACAUUUAGUAAACCUUACGCACUUUACUUGUUUUCUUGUUUAUUGUCCUAAAUUUCGGAUUAGCUUUCUCACAUAUUAAUGAAAAUGACGUAGUUUUCUCCAUCCUGUUCCUAACCACACCGUAAACAGCCACACAUUAUCAUACUGUGCAUUUUAAUGAUGCCUCCAGAAAUGUAUCCUUUUUGUUGUUUUUGUAUUUUGUACUGUUUCUACAUUUCUAGAUAUCUGUACAUAUGGACGUGUGCUGAGAAGUAUUUGUUUUACAUGAAAUUUGUGAAGGCGGACAUGUGACCGAGCCCAGUGCUUCAGGAGGCUAACUGUAAAAGCAGAAUACUAUACACCAGUACCAGGAUGCUAACUGUCUCCUGCAACCAAGAAUAACCUCCAGAGAACUUUAUUCAAUAGUUAAAUGGUCAAACUAUUAGUUCCCACACAGAGAAUGUGGCUCUGGUUGUUAGCUAGUUGUUGUUUAGCCAGCUGUUUAGCUUACUCUGGUUUAGCUAGCCCUGGUUUAGCUUACUCUGGUUUAACUGGCUCUGGUUUAGCACAUUCUGGUUUAGUUGCUCUUGUUUAGACAGCCCUGGUUUAGGCUUCACAGUUUGUUUGGACCGAAUGCAAAACAUAUUUUCACCUCACAUCAUUCAUGUGAAUUUAGCCCACCAGAGUGUUCUUAUAGUCUUCAUUCACCUAAAACGUUUUUAAAUGUGACAUCACAGAUUUUAGCAUUAGGUAGCUAGCAAUGUACAACAAGCGUGUUUGUGUUUGGGACUCCCUAAAAACCUCUAAACUGGACUUUCGGUCAGAAAGAUGCUGUUUAUGUCUCGUGUCAAACCAAAAGUCAGCUGACUAAUUAUUUAACGUGAACCAUGACCCCUUCCAAAAUCUUACCAAGCAGCUUUGUUGCCUCAACCGAAUCAAACUGUGACUGAAAAUAAUCAAAGACGAAUAAAAAAGAGAAAAUAAUUACUUCAUCUAAAAACAAAUCUGAUCUAAAUUACUUCAUGGCUAACUUUAGGAACAUGGGACUCUAACCCAGGUGUGUUUGACCCACUGAUCCACCAUGACAUGCUCUACAUGUAGACUUUGCCCCUCUUUAUAUUGUCACCAGAGUCUGAAUGCAGACCAUCAGUUUCCAUGUACAUAGUUGUGAGAGCAAACAUAGAAAUAGGAAACAGACAUGGAGCAGGUCAGACCCCUGGUACCCCUCUGAUCACACAGACCUGCCAAAGGUUUACGGAGUCCCUUUUGUUAUCAGAAGUUUUUUUUUUUGAUAUUUUCAUCCAGCUUCUCUGAGUUACAGCUGUGGAAUGAGUGUGAAUUUUUAACUUAAGUGGAAACUUAAGUUAAUGCUUGACGCCUUUUUGCCUCAAUUCAGGCAAAUUUGCAUCCACCCCCGUCUUUGCUUUCACAUGUCCUUUCUGCUAACGGGGUCAGGGUGAAGACGGCCUGAAUCAGUUCAGGGUGAACUUUAUGUUGGUGAUGCUAGCACUGAACUGAUCAGGUCCCAGAAAGCAUCAUGCACUGGUGGGUUAUCCCUUUAAAGUCAUUUCCUGUAGUUUAUAUAGUUAUCAUAACGCUCAGCGAAUAGAGUCUCUGCCUACAUGUAAUCUGUUACUACAUUUAGCCUCUUGCAUGAAAUAUUAAAUCAUUAAAAUGUUAUUUCUGAUGUGUUUUAGCUGUCAGAAGCUCCUAAACUGCAGAUAUGUUUUUUUAAACUCUACCUGAUCAUAUCCUAGUUACUGUAUCAUAUUUUAGACAGUACACACGCAGUACACAUGCAGUACACAUGCAGUACAGAUGCAGGAUGUGGAGCCUCUGCCAUGGCUAGCAGUGUAUAUUGUAUAUAAAAAACUUGAUAUUUCAUUCCACUUUAACUGCUGUAUCCCUCUGGUUCCUGAUUAUUCUGGGAUAUUUGAAUCCCCCUGUCUGUUGUUGAAUGUAUUGUGUAUUUCUUUGGUUAUCCAUGUGCAUUUAUGUAUGACAGUUUCAACUUUCCAGUCGUGUAAAUACACUGUAUACAUUAUUACACAUUCUGUACUUUCAUAUGGGACCAAUUACCACCACUGUAUACUGUUAGUGUUGUAUUCUGCAAGCUCAAAGAUGACAGUCCUUACUGUUAACACACAGUACUCACACAAAGCAUGUUGUACAAUCCUGCAGAGCAUUGGUCAGAUUUGGUGGAUCGUACAAAGCAUUUCAUCGCAACAUGUUGUUAAUCCAUAAAGAAGAAACAUCAUAGAAACAUCACAGUCUUUUGUUUUCCAUUAAAUAAAGUGCAGAGGA